AUGGCUUCGAACAUCUCUUUCACGGGUCUGCUUAACAAGGUCUUCAGCCCUGAUACUGUUCAAUUGCAGACAACAUUGAAGAAGAUUGUUCAGAAAGUGGACGAAAUUGAUUUGAAAAUUCAGAUGAAGGACAUGGAGAUCAAGAUGAACAAAAUGGAGAUGAAGGUGGAUGAUCUUGAGGGAAAGGUGGAUGAGACGCUCACUCGAGAGCCACUCGGUUAUCAAACUGAGAUGCUAGAUUGGAAAGGCGCAGGCACAAAAGGAGAAGAAUGA